UAAAAAUCUUUACAAAUUUUCCGGAAUUUGUUAAUUUGACAAAAUCUUUGAAAAUCUGUUUACUUUCAAAUUCAAUUUUAAACAGUCUCGAGUCAAUCAUCAAAUCACCUUUGCAAUCAUCCAACCACCGUUCAUCUCUACUGUGACGAGUCGCAAUCACAUUCCACCGUUCAUCUCGAGUCCAUCGUUCCGAAGUCGCAAUCAAGGUCUCGAUUCAUCACGGUUUCCGUCUCGACUUCACAAGGUUUCGACUCACUUCAUCUUCAUAGUCUCGAGUCGCAACCGAGUUCUCGAGUCGUAACCUUUAAUCGCCACCUGCAACUCCAUAUUCUUCGGAUUAUACAAAAGCUUCGAAGUCUCGACUCGCGCCAUUCCGACUCGCAACCUCCAUACAUUUUCUGAGUUGCAACUGGUCUCGACUCUAUCCUCUACCGUUUUUGAGUCACGGUCUCGAGUUAUCUUCUCCGAGUGGUCUCGACUUAUCAUCAGCCGGUCUCGAGUCAUCAACAUUUGACUCGCAACCACGGUUCCGAGUCCGAAGUUCCCGUGUCGCAACCAUUGUCUCUCUACCAUAAUCUCCGGUCAUCCAUCACCGUUCAUCACGUGUUCUCACCAUACCUCCGAUCAACUUGCAACUUCAUCACUCUUCAUCAUCAUCACUGUUCAAUACCAGUCACCGUUCAUCACGUGUUCUCCUCCAACCUCUGCUGGUUAUCAUCGAUCAUCAUCUCCAGUUGACAACAAGCUUCAUCAUCAUCGUUCUCUUCACCGAUUCUCCGAAACAACUCCUAUCUCGCAUUUCGACCCCGCACAUCGGAACCACACAUCUUCACCACAUCAGAACCGCACACCUUCACCACAUCAUCGUUCGCGUACCAUACACUCUAUCAUUGAAGACUCAAGAACCGGUUGAUACGACCUGGUCAGAGUAGAGCUUCAGAUGAUCAAGCAACAGACCUGCAAGAUCACAAAGAGACAACACACCGUUAGCCUCGUCAACAAGGAGGGGGGCCUCUCUGUGACCAAGCUCGGGCGUGAGAAUAAGUAUUUGAGGGGAGAAAAUAGGUCAGGGAGAGAGAGAGGAGAGUUUAGAGAGAGAGAAGUAGCGAUUACCCGUUUUGGAGGUCUAAGUAUGGUAUUUAUAGCUUUUGGGUGUGCUGAUGUGGCGAGUUAGUUAGAGUCGGACCAGUCGUUAUCAUGGCGGUUAUGGAGGUGGGACCCAGUUAGUUAUGUCGCACCAUAGCAUCUGUCCGAUCCGUCUUAUGGUGCAAGGUCCGGCCCGACCUUAGUGCAUUAUGCUCGGUUCUAAUUAUGGCGACGGUUCGGUCCGGUCAGGGACGUAUCCUCAUCAAGUCCCCCUAGUUCGUAAUGUUUCUUAGAUAACAGUUUCGAACUAUGACGGUGCGAUUUUUGUGGUCUAGAUAAUUGUUUAAAUUUUGAAUUUUUAAACGGUGACCUUAGCUGGGUGACCGUCAGUCACUUUAUGUUUCCCGCCUGAUGUGACGAUUGGUGUACAUCAGCUGUCAUGACGUGUCAUCGUCUGAUUGGCUAUCUUUAAGUCGGUUCCCAUAUCCCUAUAAAAAAAGGGGAUAAACCAUCUUUCGAUUUUACCUUUUCACUUUCCACUUUUCACUUUUCAUCUUCUUCAUUCCUUCUUCUCUGAAAACAGGCGAUCUGCAAAACAGGUUAGUUUCUUCCUCAUAUGGCGACGAAAAACAACCUGUCCGGUUGCUUUAACGUUUUGAAUAAAAACGGUUUAGCUUGGUAUGUUGAAAGAUAUGCAAUCCCUGCAUCUCUGCACCCUGUUCUCCCCGAAAAGGAUACGCCUAUUUAUCCGUUUCCUCUGGGAAAAAUAGGGGUUUACACCCGUUUAUUCGAUUAUUGUAACUAUCGUUUCUCUCUGACGAAGUUCUUGAUCGGAGUUCUUACGUUCCACGAGGUUCACAUUUCUCAAAUGAACCCCUUCGGCUUUGCCAAGGUGUGUCAUUUUGAGCUGGCUUGUCGUGGUUUGGGGUCCGACCCGGACUUGGAUGUGUUCCGGGCUUUUUACAAAUUGAAUCGGUCCGGCAACUGGUACACCUUUGAGGUCAGAGAUAAUAAUUCCUGCUGCUAUACAUGGAUUACCACUAGCAUAAAGGACUGGAAAGAACGAUUUUUCUAUGUUGAUGACCGGUGCGUUCCGGAGUUUAUGGUCUGGAGAACCAAGAAGAUGAAGCUACUGUCUUCUCUUCCUGAGGACUUUGAAUUUAAUAGGGACUUAUACGCAAAUUUGAUUAAGGAAGCAGGUCGCAUUCAAAGUUAUCGGAACACAUUCUUGUUAUGGGACAGAUCAGCACGAUUUGGUCCGAGCUGGCGUGGUAUCCUACCCUUAGGUGGAACGGAGAGGGUUAGUCAUGCCCUUUUACUUUUGAUAUGAUGCUCGUCGUAUCACUUGCAUAAUUAUUUUACUUUUGCUUUUAUUUUUUCUUUUGUUAUACCGGACUUUGGAUACUACUUGCUUACUUUUUUGCAAUUAUGGGUUUGAGGGAAGCUUUAAGAUUGAAGUCCUUCGACUCCAAGGAGCUUGAGAUGCGGGCCACGAGGACAUCGAAGGGUGACCCUCCGUAUUUAAACGUGGUGCAGGAGAAUCUUUAUCAGAUCCGAGAACCAGAAGUUCCGAAUGAUCAAGGAAGUUUAGCCGGUCAAGGGGUUUCAGGCCCAAAUCCUUCGGCACAAACAGCAAAUGUUGCUCCGGCUCAAAUUGUGACGGCGACCAGUAGUGGUAAGGGUAAGGGUACUGGUUCGAUCGGAUCGAAAGGAUCCGGCUCCAAGUUUGUGAUCGAAGAUGAGGGUGUCCACCUAUCUGUGGGAGACGAAGGAGAACGUGCUGAAAAUUUAAAGGAGGGUGGUGAUGAGGAGGAGGAGAAUGAAGAUGAGCAGCCUCAGACUAGUUUGAAGAGAAAAAAGGCUCCGUCUAAGUCUGGUCCGAAACCUAGACAAAAGAAGACGAAGACCGAUUUUAAGACUAUUACUCUGGAUGACGAUGAUGAUCAAGUUACUGGAUUCUCUGCUGCUGGAGGCGUGUUAGAAAACUUAAAUGCUCAUCUUCAUGAGGGUCGUACCCCUAGGGACCAUCCAAAAAACAUUCCGUCGAGCCCCUUGUCUUUCGGAGUUGGAGUCAUCAAGGUUGUUGCUGAUGUUCGUACCUCCGAUCCUAAGAAGAUCGAGCCUUCUCCUUCGGGUAAGUUCACCACGGGGGUUGCUUCUAAUGUGUCAAGGCCGAGUCCCAAGCCUGUUGAUGGUGGGGACAGUGCCUCUUCGUCCCCUUUAUGGUUUAACACUGAAGCUGUUUUCUUAUCACGUGAGUUAGGUUUGGGCGGCAUUGAGGAUAUGGAUUCAACUCGGGCAUUGGAGAAGUAUGUCCCGGAGUGGUCGUUGACGAACAAGGACCGGAUAGUGGAUGCUUUGUCAGCGAAAAUGGCGUUAUUCCAUUUUGGGACUCCGGCUGAGCACUCUCAUUAUCAGAAGAUGAGUGGUCCGGAGCUUGGAAAUGCCCUUAUGGUAAACCAAGCCCAGUCUAACUCGUUGGUGGUAGAGUCAUAUAAACGUUGGAUUGAGUCUGAAUCGACUUGUAACAAACUCCGACGCGAGAUUGCCAAUUUGGAAAAGGAAGAUAAUGUUCGCUCGAAAACAAAGCAAGAACUUAGCUCCCUUCGGUCUCAAAUUGAUCGUUUAAAAGAGCAAAACUUGGAAGCUAAGGAAGUUAACAAGUCGUCCCAGGCCUCGGUUGCGGCCGCUUAUGAGGCUCGAGAUAAAGCCCUUCAAGAUUUGGAAACUUUUAAGUCAAAAUUUGCCGGCUUGGAAAAGAAGUUAUCUGGUGUAGAGAAAAAACAUGCGGCCGAGCUGAAGGAGAUGCAGACGUCUCAUGAUCAACUUCUGGCUGAUUAUCACCGUCUAGUUGAUGUUAAAGACGAAUUAGAGAGAGCUCGCGACAGGGAGAUUGAGUCACAUAAAGCAACGAUCGACGAGGCAAAAGGGAUGUUGGUUCGGUGUGAGCGGGAUAUGAUUGAAUCAUAUGCUCAGCUGUCGGAGCUUAAACUCACCAAGCAAUGGUUCUUAACAGAUGGGGUCGCGUGGGUUGUCAAACUGGUGCAUCAAAGCCCUGAGCUGGAGAAGGUUGUUGCUGAUCUAGUCAACAGCGUUAACGCGGUAGGAGCAAAUGAAGGAAUAAAACAAGGUUUUAAGGCUGCGCAUGACUCGGUUGGUUCUGUGGAAGAGGUUCCGGGCUAUGACGCCGGAGCUCAGGGUGCUUUGGACGCUGCAGUGAAGGCUUUCGAUGAGCUUCAGAUUUCCGUUCUUGACAAGGUGGCAGAUUUGAUAAAUGAACCUUUAUCGGUCAUUCAACAAAGAAGCCAACUUCCCAUUGUUGGAGAUAAUGAUGAUGUAGUUCAAAUUUGAUGUGUUUUUUUUGUUUGCUGUCGUAUAAUAUGUUCUGACAGUAUGUU